AUGAAAAAGAUAGCACCAAGUUUGUAGGAUUAUUAAUCUGCAGGUCAGGGAUAUCUACUUAAAUAUAUUCAGACUUUGAGUGAAGCAGAGUAGAAUAGCAUUAUGAAUAAAUUAUAGAAAUACGAUAUAAAAUAGCUGUAUUAGGUAAACCUGUGUUUAGAGAUUAGACUUAUCAAUAAUUCAAGGCAAAGAUAAUUUAGAUGGCACCAUAUGAGACAAUCAGAUGUUUAGAGUUUGAUGGGAAAGACGAGGAGAUUGGAUAUGCAACAAUAGCAGAGGGCAAACGUAUACGGCAAUCCUCACUAUUUAGUGGCAAUCGUUAUGAGUGCUCAGCAAAACAUUAGUUUGUUAGACAUCCAGUUGCCUUCACAUAAGUGUUUGUUUCAAUUGUAUUGCGAACGAAUUUGGAGUCUUUAGAAUUUAAUCAAACAACGUUGUGGAAAGUGUUUACCAAUAUUGAUAUUCAUCAUGACCACCAAUAUUAAUCACGAAAUGAUUACUAGCUUUUUUUAAGAAAAGAAUCAUUUUGGCUUGUAAGACGAUCAGAUCUUUUUUAUUUAAUAAGAUAAAUUACCCUUAUUUAGUAUGGAAGGACAAAUUCUCUUUAGCAAUGAAUCUUAGAUAUUUGAUGAAUACAUUGGCAAUGGAAACAUUUAUUUGAAUCAAUCUGUUUUAGAUACCAUGAAAUUCUUAGGAAUCACCAUCCUUCACUUAUGUUCAAUAGAAAAUGUACUAUGCAAAUUUGGAGAUCCCUUAUGGAUUGGUGCCUUCAUAAGAAAUCAAUUGUAUUUGAGUGCAAAAUGUGUACAGAAACGUAGUGUUGAUGAAAAUCUAGGGAUCGUUUGUAAUACAAAGGUAUAUUUAACUGUAAUCCCAUAUUUAGAGUAUGAUGAAAUCUCUUAUAGUGAUUUAGUCAAAAGAGACAAAAAUGGAAGCUUGGCUAAUCCUGAUGGAGUCAUUGGUUAAGUCUUAUGUUCUCUCGAUUAUGCCCUUGAACUUUUAGAGAUUUACAAUCAAACUAGUUUCCAUAUUCGAUAAAAGAAAUGUACAUAUUUUGAUUACAUAACUUCCAGAUUAAUCAAACCUAUGUCACAAUCUAAUGCUCUUAAAUUCGAAUUGACGUAUUACUAAGCCAUUCCUUAUUGUCCUAUUCAAUCCUUUGGAUUAUUCAGAGUCAAAAGGGAAGACGAAUAUGCCCCAAUCCUUAACCCUUCAAAUGAAACCAAAGACACUAUUCAUACUGCACGACAAGCCUAUAUGCGCAGAGAUUAAAAAUGGAUGUCUCGAUUAGGCUUUGAAGUCAAUUAAGAAUUUGAGAUCUCACCCAAAUUAACAUAUUUUGGAGAGGGUUUGGAGGAAGCCACAAAAAAACAGAUCAAAAAUAAAUUAUAAAUCCCUCUUAUUCUACACAGUGAAAAAUAAAUUAGAACUGUUAGAGUUAAUAGUGUUCAUAAUUAACAACCUUAAAGUUCACCUUGUAAAUACUCUUCUUAGGUUACAAGUACAUAAAAUUUCUAAUAAUCAAAAAUGAGCAUUCAUUAAAGUUUGAAUCAUCUGAAACAACCAAUUACUAGCUCAUUAGUCACUCCUACUGGGAACCAAAGUUUCCAGUUGAGUGGCAGAAAAAGUAUCGAUCAGAAACCUAGUCGAUAGACUGAUUAUUAUCAUAGACCCAAUCUAAAUUAAUUAAACAAACCUCUAUUUUAUGCACCUAACACAUAUUAUUUACCAAAAAAAUGAUUUCAUAAAUAAUUUUAUUAUAAUA